UUCAAGUGUCAACUGUCAAUCGGAAAACAUCGAACUCGCGAAUCUCGAAGAAUCACAACAAAAAUAAUAAAUAUUGAAGCCAUGCGCCGAGAAUUCAUCUUGGUUUUGUUAGGGAUAAUUUGUAUAUCGACAUUUUCUUCGUUGUUGUCGGGAUAUGUGCAAAUCGAUACGAAUAAAAUACUGUUGGACACAGUUGUGGGACAGGUUGGGUCGGGUAACUUCUCCUACUGGCAGCUCGGCCACAGCGGCCCGUUGCUGAUAGAACUUACUUCUUUAACAGGAGACGCGGACCUUUACGUCGCGGACAACAUCAGACCAGGGUAUGAGGUGGAUCAGAACAACUUCAGUUCAGCGACAUGUGGCCCUGACAUGGUAAACAUACCAGCUGACUUCCCCAGGCCUAUUGGGUUAGGUGUGUUCGGUCACUGGUCCCACUCAGUGUCAGACUACAGCAUCCAAGUGUUUCUGGACGUGUCGGCCGUGAUGAGCGAGGAGCAGGUGGCGGCCAUUGAGAGGGCACAGCGGCACACACCAGAAAAAUAUGAUACAGAAAGAAGAAGCAAAGGUAACACGGUGUCGCGCAAGACGGAGGACGCGAACAAGCCUCGCUUCCUCAAACUGCUGAAUAUACUCGACAUGAUCUUCGAAAUGUUCGUUAUGUGAACGUCAAAUGGUUUAUAGAAGAUAAAGAAUCGACACCGCAUUGAAACACAGGGCGGGACAUGAUGUUAUUGAUGUGUGUGAGAGAUUAAUGGAAGAUGAAGCAAAAGUGAGGUCAUAUGGGUUACGGAUGAUAGAUAUCAGUAAUGUUACAAAUAUUCUUAUGUUUUCUGACAGUACUGAGAAUAUUUUAACGAACUUUAAGCAAUACAAUAACAUCAGUCUGUUGUUAAUACCUUUGGUACUCGGUUUUGGUUAAAACAAAAUAUCAGAUCCAUUUUGUGUACUGUUGUGCUAUUGGACAUUGUCUUUCUAUACUUCUGAAAAGGUUUAGGCCGUAGUUCGCCAUACUUACCAGGGUUGGCAGGCUUCACAUACCCUUGUAAUUAUGCAGAAUUCUUAGUUUUCCUAAGGAUAAAAUAUGUCCAGUAGAAAGCCUACAUUAUACAAAAUGCAUUGAGACAUUUCAUUUCGGUUUUGUUGGUUGGGUUGAAAUGGGGAGGCUGGCUCCAAAUGCUUCCAAUUUUUAUUUAUUUUUUAAUAUACAGUGUGAUACAAAAAGGUCGUAUACAUAACAGUUGAUCACAUACUUAAUAGAGUAUUAUUUUUGUCAUUGUACAGAAUUAUCUAUAUAGCAGGAAAUAGUACGAAAAACGAGUCCUUCUGUGAAAACAGCAUUGAUAUUGGUUAAGAAAUGAGUCAGUAAUUCAUAUUUCAAAUAUUUUGUUAUGUGCAGGGGUGGGGUGGUCACAUUGAAUUAUCGCUUUAUCUCUUUCACACGCAUCGUAUUUAAUAUUUAAUCCUACUACCGAAAUUCAAAGGCUUAAUUUUUUCUGAACUUUAAUUCUCUUUGUGUUACAAGGAAAAUAUUUGAUAAAAAGAAGCACAAAAAUUAGUCUAAUAUCUUAUUGUAAUCUAAAAAAGAGAAUGGUUGCUACAAAAGCCUAGGCAAGGCUAUAGCCAAGUUUGACCCUGCGUGACCGCACCAGGUAAAUUAUAGAUUUUUUCACAAAUAAUUGCUUGUUAACCAAUAAAGGUUUGUUGUGCUUGCUAUAGGCAUUCCCACCUAAUUGUUUUUCUACCGCCUUUUUGUAACACCCUGUAUAGGUUAGUGUAAGGAAAUAGUGUAAAAUAUUAAAAUAGUUAAGUAUAAUUCGUAGCGCGAGCUUACUUUGUAUUGCUCUCUUAAGAUAUAUUUGUUAUAGAAAAUCCUCUACAAAAAUAAGUAAAUAUUGUUUGUUGAGUUUCAUGGGUGUUUGUAAAUAGAGAAGGUAGUAAGUGAUUUAUUUUAGUUUAGUAAGUGAGCUAGAACGAGUUAGGGUAAUAUCGGACAUGGGGUAUUUCCGUCGUUUCAAGAUUACCGCAAAACCUACCAAAAUUUCAUUAUUCAAACAAUGAUGUCUGAAAUUAAAUUCUGUAAUGUACCAAAAUUACUUGCACCUAUAUAAGCUUUAGUAUUUUUUUCUCCAAAUCAGUUUACAAAGCCAAUGAUUACUAAUUUACAAAAGGGAUUGUCCUUGUGCUUUACAAGUGGGGGUGUCAGAGAAGGGGUGAGUUCCGCUGUUUGAUACGAUGUUACCCCCCCCCCCCCCCUUCCGGUAUUAGCUUUAGUUACAAUUUAGCAGUAAGUUUGAAAUCGUUUUACACUGUGAUCCAAUGUUGACCCAACUCACCCUAUUCUAUAUACAGGGUCAUUUUGACAUUGCGUUAAUUAAUGAUAUGCCAUACUUGUCUUUAUCUCUUCCAAAAUUGUGCUUAAUAUCAUUCAUGAAUAAAGAAUAUUUUCACCAGAUAUCCUGUUUUUACUCGCCGAUAUUUUGGUCAUUUUGAAGUUUAGUACGAAUAUGUCGAGCGCGUUAGUGUAUUUCUGACUGAAACUGUGAUUGUCUUAGAAUUCUCUUAGUAGUGGCAUAAAGGCGUAUAAACUUAAAAUUACUCUUCAAUGAUAUUUUGUUCGAAACUAUUUUAUUUGUAUUUUCAAAUCCACGGUUCGAGUAAGUUAUUAAAAUGUUAUUUUUAAGAAGAUGAGUGCAUGGUUUCAUUUAAUUACGCAAUAUCAAAAUGACCUUACGGGGCUGUAAAACAGAGCAUCAAAUACAUAUAUGUGGGAAUUAUGGUCGCUUAACACUAAGAAUGAAAAACUUUUAAAGUAUGGGCGUAGCCAGGUUUCAGUAUCAGCGGGGGUCAGAAAGAAAGCCAAAA